AUGCAGGCAGAUCAAAAACGCGGGCGUUUCAUUGGUGAAGUUACAGACUGCACGACUCCAUACGUUUGCUCUCUGUUGUUGAAAAUCAAUCAGUCAAUCAAUAAAUCAUCUAAAUGGCUUACAGAGAAAGGGUCAACAAAGUCUACAGUGCUCUCUCUUAGACAACAACUUGGUCCACUUUCAUGGGAUCAGUCAGUAUGCCGAUCUCAUAUAGAUGUCAACUUUGACAGUCCACCUGAUCGUGUUGCAGAAACAAUUAUCAGAGCAUUGAAUGAACCUAAUGAAGAUUUAAUACGACGAACAGUAAAUAUUCUUGGUGUUCAACGAGCACUUGAAUUUUAUUAUCUUACUGAAGACAUUGAAAACAGUGGAGGUCUUUAUUUAGUGGAUGGAUCCCGUAGACGUUCUCCUGGUGGCGUAUAUCUUAAUCUCAUCAAACAUUCCUAUUCUGUCAAAAACGAAGAGAAACAGAUCAUCUUCAUGAUUGAUAAGCAAAUAAAAAAUAAAAUGAAAAGGAUUCGUAAGCACCGUCGUCGUAAACACCGAAAGCUUGAAAAUUUGAAAAAUCGACCCAUAAUCCGAGAUAUUAAUAAUAAUAAUCCAAUAAAACCAUUCAAUGAUGAUACAAACUUUUCUUCCUCAAUAGAUGCAGAUAAUAAUUUAGAAGAACCACCAUUUAUUUUAUUAGAUGAACGUACAUCUCCUGUAACGGCGAAAAUGGAUACAACAGAUACUGUAAUAAGUUCUUGUAAGAAAUCACCUGAUUCUGAUGAAUCUUUGGAAGAAGGUGAAAUACCAUCAAGCGAUGAUGAUAUAUAG